GUAGCGUUUAGCCUCCCGGAAACGGAAGUCUCUCUUUUCCGUCCUCCUUGCUUCUCUGCAGUGGCUGUGCCGGCCGCGCAGUCCAGCACGCCCCGCAACCAUGCCGCGCAAAAUCGAGGAAAUCAAGGACUUUCUGCUCACGGCCCGGCGAAAGGACGCCAAGUCCGUCAAGAUCAAGAAGAACAAGGAUAACGUGAAGUUUAAAGUGCGGUGCAGCCGGUACCUGUACACGCUGGUCAUCACAGACAAAGAGAAGGCGGAGAAGCUGAAGCAGUCCCUGCCCCCAGGUCUGGCGGUGAAGGAGCUGAAGUGAGCGGCGUGCUGGCCUGGCUGUAUUAAAGAUUCAGACAUUCUUG